AUGCAACAGAAGGCCUUUGAGGACAGCAAACCCACGUGGGAGGAGUCGCUGGAAGAUGCAGGGGCCCGGAGGCCCUUCCGCUGCCCCCGGUGUGGGGAUCACGCCCGGUUCAGGAGCUUGUCCUCCCUGAGGGCCCAUCUGGAGUACAGCCACGCUUUCGAAGACCGAAGCCUACGGCCCUCGGGAGGCCUCUUCUCUCCCCUCAAGGGGGGCCGGGGCUCCUCCUCCUCCUCCCGCCCCCAGACCCAGGGCACCUUCCGGGAUGGGGGCAGCCGUGGCAUCCUGAAGCCACGGCUCUCCUACCUGAACUUCUGCGAGCCGGAAGACCCGCUGCCCAGGAGGCCUCUGGCCGGGGAGGCGGAAUGGCCGGCCGACCUGGGCUCCGGCCACGCCUCAGCCGAGCCGGCCUGGGACCCCGCCUGGAAGGCCGUGGAGCCCGGCGCUUCCUUCGAGGCCCACGUGCGGGAAAAGUUCAACCACAUGGUGGAAGCCGUCGACCAGACCAUCGAGAGGCAGAUGGAGAACCUCUCCCGGGAGCUCUCCCGAAAGACGGCCCAGCUCCUGGAGGUCCGGGCGGCCUUUGUGCAGCUCUCCCAGAAGAAGCAGGAGGUGCAGCGGCGCGAGAGGGCCCUGAACCAGCAGGUGGACGUGGCGGUGGAGAUGAUCGCGGUGCUGCAGCAGCGGCUCACCGAGUCGGAGGAGCAGCUGCACCGCAAGGAGGAGGAGGUCGUCACCUUUAAUCACUUCCUGGAGGAAGCGGCCGAGAAGGAGGUCCGCGGGAAAGCCCGGCUGGAGCGCUUCAUCGAGAACCUGCUGCAGAGGGUCGACCAGGCGGAGAAGCAGCUGGAGAGGUUCCAGCAUCAGCAUCUGCUGGGCAGCUCCGGAGACCUCGGCGAACAUCUGUUUACAGAUCUGUCAUCUCUCAAGAAAGCCAGAUGCCUCUGGGGGUACCCACACAGUUUUUGUAGCCCCCCUGACCCCAAACCUCACUCGCUUCAGAAAGGGCGGCUCUUCCUGAAGAAAGCCAAGGAUGACAGACUCGGAGGUGGCGUCAAGUGGUUGUGUGAACCUGCGGACGGCUGCCGGGACCUUGGGAGGCCCCAGAAGAAGGCAGAGGGAGCCAACCACAUUGCCCGAAAGGUGAACGCAAAAUCAAAAAUGGGCAAAAAGAGCAAACCGCUUUACUGA